ACGCGCACGGUGGGGAAGUGGGAAGACGGAAGAACGGACGUUGAAUAAACUUGCCAACUUUGAGCUAACUGGCCAGAAAUACAGUUCGAUCAUAUUUUACAUUAGAAUUGGUUGCUUAUUUCGAUACAAAUUGAGUUAACCAACCAAACACCCUGUCUACAUUCAGUCACCGCCCUCUCAACUCGGCACACGACACGACCAGGAGACUCCAGCAGUUUUUAAACAGACGUUGCACUUGCUGAACCGACCCGAAGUCAUCCAUCGUUACAAAGUCACAUUUAGCUGUUGUUGAAGUGCCGUGAUAACCAGUAAAUUGUGCUAACGUCACACUCAACCAGCUCGCUGGCUCAGCGGGACUUGAGCUUUUUCUCCUUGUGGGAAAAGUUGUCCGUUGUUGUGGUGGUGGUAGUGGAGGAGCCAACGAGGCCUGCAGUCGAGGCUGCAUGUGUGAGGACUAACUGGCGAGGAGUGACUCUCACAACGUUAGCUUAACACUCAGAAACAUGUCGGCCCAGGCACAGAUGCGAGCGAUGCUGGACCAGCUCAUGGGGACGGGGAGAGACGGAGAUACCAUGAGGCAGAGAAUCAAAUUCACAGAUGAGCGAGUCUGCAAAAGUCACCUCUUGGAUUCAUGUCCACACGACAUCCUGUCUGGCACUAGAAUGGACCUGGGAGAGUGUAUGAAAGUUCACGACUUGGCCCUCAGAGCAGACUACGAGAUUGCCUCCAAGGAGCAGGAGUACUUCUUUGAACUUGAUGCUGCUGAACACCUUCAGUCUUUCAUUGCUGACUGCGACCGCAGGACUGAGCUGGCCAAGAAGAGACUAGCCGAGACGCAGGAUGAGAUCAGUGCUGAAGUGGCUGCAAAGGCGGAACGUGUCCACGAGCUGAACGAAGAGAUCGGGAAGAUGCUGGCACGGGCCGAGCAGCUCGGGGGCGAGGGGAAUGUAGACGAAGCACAGCAGUUGCUGGAAAUGGUGGAGAAGACCCGGGCCUUGAAGAAAGAAGCAGAGGAUGUGUACAGAAACUCGAUGCCAGCCUCCAGCUUUCAACAACAAAAACUACGGGUGUGUGAGGUGUGCUCUGCCUACUUGGGUCUUCAUGACAACGAUCGCCGUCUGGCUGACCACUUUGGGGGCAAACUGCACCUCGGCUUCAUUGAAAUCCGUGAGAAGCUUGAAAAGCUAAGAAAAGCAGUUAUCGAGAAACAAGAAAGAAUGCGAAUGAGAAGACGAGAGGAACGUGAAAAAGAAGAUGAAAGGGAGCGACAGUGGGAGAUGGAACGGGAGCGAGAAAGAGAACGGGAACGAGAACGUGAAAGAGAGCGAGAAUGGGAGAGAGAACGAGACAGGGAGAGGGAGCGUAGGCGGUCAAGAUCUAGAAGCGGAGACCGCUACAGGGACGGAGGCAGCUCGUCUUCCCACCGCUCAAGACGCCACCGCUCCUCUCAUUCCAGAGAAGAAGGUGGAGAUCGGGAUCGUGAGAGAGAGAGGAAACAUCGACACAAGGACAGGCAUCGCUCACGCUCCCACUCUCACAGGCGCAAAAGGAAGAGGUCCUCCAGAGACAGAUCAUCUCACACCCGUGAAAGAGAGCGCUCACUGUCCCAGGAUAAAUGUGGAGAGGGAUGGCGUGACGACAGGGCGGAGUACAGAGACUGGGAGGACAGGGAGAGUUCCCCCUCGGCGGACACAGCCAGAGGCAGGGAACGAGAGAGAUCCCUGUCAAUCGAGCGUGACCGACGCUCCAGCUCUGAGGAGCGAGAGUCUGGGGAGAUAUGAACAGGAGGGGAUGCCUCCAAAGUCUUUGAUUUGGAUAUAUUGUUUAGUAAAAGGAGCAUGGAGAGAUGUGUUGAGAGUGUGUUGGUGAGAGAGAGUGUGUGUGUGUGUGUCGGCUUUGUAUGUGCGUUCAUGUUGAAAGUGGGACAUGUACAUUAGCAUGGGUGGACGGUGGAAAUUUAAUUUGGGGAUGAGGGAACAACUUCAGUGGUGGCGGUCAAGGAAACUUGCAAACCAACUUUUAUAAGACUCUGAAUUGUGAGACUAGUGUGACCUGGAAGCAGUAUAGUCAUUACUUUUAUGCCAUCGUGUUGAUCUUAUGUACAGUUAUUUUGACAGUGAUGGGGGGAUGAGUGAGUGAAGAGACAGCAGCCUUGCUUUAAGUCUGUUUAUUUUACUCACAUGAAAUGCUGUUAUUUUAUCAUUAGUUGGACCUUAAAUGUUAAUCCGUUUCGUCAAUGUGGAUUCAUUUACACGGGUUGGACUCAUUAAUGUGGCAUAACUGUUGCCGUAAUCUUUGAAAUGACUGAAGGCACUUCUGAUGUUUGUGUUUUAUCCACUGCCUUCAAGCCAUAACAAUCUCAUUAGGAAAAUCAGACACACAUCCCCAAGCCUACCCUUCAAUCAGGAUGCAGUGAUGAGCCCGUACUUUGAAAAUAAACUCACUCGUCCCCAUGAAAGAAGUCUCCACAUAUUUCCACUCAGUUCCUGACGUGAAUACAGAUGAUGUGCCUCUUUACAUAUUGACGCUCGGAAGGCCCAGGGACUUGUGUCCUGUUUGCUGUGAUACAACCUGGAUGUACUGGGGGAAUCUACUUUGCUGUGCCACCAUUAAGUGAAUAAAAUUUUCUGCUUCCAUUCAAAGACAAUGUGUUUAUACAGAUUUCUCUUAAACGUGUUCAUGCGCACAGUUUACAGUUUGAAAUAAAAUUAGGCAUCUUAUAUUUGUGACACAACCAAACUGUUACGAGAGCUUGUGCUGUAGCCAGAGAAUCCGUUUUCCCUCUCCUUUUAGCUUUAUUGACACAGCACAUACAGACAUUCAUACACAUAUA